AUGUCUUCAAUAAUACAAUUUGUUGAAAACAAUGGCCGAUACAACACAAAUCAUAGCCAAAGCAAUACAUACAUAGCAAAUACAAAAGAAACCAGAGCAAAUACGGCACGAGCCAUAGCCAAUGCAACACAAGCCAUGACAAUUUGGGAAAAUAUUGAAGUUGGAGUUGAUGACGAAGCUGAAUCUUUGUCAGUGUCAUUUUCUAUUUAUGAUAGUAUGCAGCAAAGUGAUAACUAUAAACAACAAAAUAAUAUAGAAUCCGAACUGAUUGACUUCAAAACAUCGACCAAAAAAUCAAAUGAAUUAAAAGAAUUUAUCGAUGAAUUAGAUAAAUUUAAUGAAAGAAUUAAUAAUGAUAAUAAAUUUGUUGGGUUUAAUAAUUUAUCAAAUGAAAUUCUCAAAACACUAAAAAUAAUAGAAAAAUGCGUUACUUGUAAGGGAAAAUUGAUCGAGGAUGAUAGCAUUUAUCUUUUAAUUAAUGAAUCGAUUGUCUUAUUCAAAAGUCCUAUAAAUGGUGAUGAAGAGAUAGAAGGAAUCGUUGUCAUUGAAGCAUUAAUAAAGUUGUUUCUAGAAUACAGUCUCAAUCCUUCCGAAGAGCAAAAAGAAAUUAUUAGAUUAGCAGAAACUAAACGACAAGAGAUCAUCACCAAAGGCUUGCCAAACGAAAAAAAUCAUCCAGAAGCUUUUUAUACAAGUCGAUCACUAAGUCAACUGACUCAACAAGCUAACUCAUCUUUAGCUGGAUCGAAUUACCGCGACACAUCAGCAAUGAUUUGGCAAAUGAGAAACGAUUAG